CACAUUUCACACAUUUUUAUAUGCCUUAACAUUAUUUUGUUAUUUGCAAUGAUAAAAUAGCCCUGAGAGUUUAGCAUUUAUGGCCAUAAGUUGAUGAUUUGAAUAUAAUAGGAUGUUGCAGCUCACCACAUCUCCUCUACUGUUAUCAGCAGGCUGAGGAUAAAUGUUCAGUUUCAGACAGAGGUAUCUGUAGCUAGGCUACAGUCUGCUCUGCUCCCAUUCCUGUCUCAGGUAGCUAUAAAAAUAAACCCUUCAAGGACGAGUGUGAUCAACAGUGGCCAUCAAUUUUUUUUCUCCCCUAUGACUCUAGGGGUAGGUGAUUGAAAAUAUCUCCAAAGAAGUUGAUUUUCUGCAUGAUGUAUGGUGGUUGCUCUGAAAAACUUUGAAUGUCAUCGAGAAGGGUUAUGAUAAAAUUCUCUUUAACUCAAAUGUUAGUUGAAAUUGGACUUUCAGUCUCAAAGUUCACUGUAAUCUGUUUCUUUCUUCCUAUACGGCCGUGCUCAAGAUGCUGUAUGAGGACUCUGAGGCACUGCCGCAUGCUCAUAAAACUGUAAUACUGUGGCUUUGUUAGUGCCAGAUCCCCUCUCCUCUCGGGAGCCACCACAGCCUUCGCAGGUUGGAACUUGAUUCAGUAAUCUCUCAUCAUAAAAGACAGACUGAACAAUUUGUCUUGUGAAUUAGGCCUUUAACAUUUUUACCACUAUCAAAGUUAGCCCUGUCUGAUUUGUCUGGACCAACAGUGCUCCAAACACGCAGGGAGAGGGGGUGUCAGAAGGGGUAUUAAGAAUGUUACCAUGGUAACCCCUCACCAUCCUGCUCUCUCUUAGUGUCGUCAUGAAAUUAAUAGGAGAUGGUGAUGCUGAUAGUUGCUAUGCACCAUCUGUAUUAGUAAUCUACCUUUAAUAGCAGUUUCUAACUGACUCACAAAGCUGUACACUAAAUAGGCCAUCUAUUCUAACAGUGACCUAGCUGCAAUAUCUCACAUGCCUUGUCUAGUCUUUUUUGUUUUAUUUUAAUGUGCCAACAGUGAUGUUCCUAUACUCUAAUCUUCUUAUCGAAUAAAUAAAGUGUUUAGAUACAUAAUGAUUAGGGUAAGAUGAGCAGACUAACUAUAUCAUCAGUGAUUACAGCAAAUUUAAUUACACUGUGGUUGUCGUUCCUACACACUAACAAAGUAAAAUGAUUAAUGCAGUAAGUCAGCUUAGUGUAAUUAGGUGUGAGGCUAAAUUAACAUAUUGUUUGAAUGGUUGGAAAACCAGCAGGAGAGCGUUAAUGUCAGAGAUAUAACUCAGAUAAAUGGACAUUUUCUGUUUCUCUCCCUCUCCGUCUUGUCUCUGAGGCUGGCAGAGGAGUGUGGGCGGUCAUACCAGCUGGGAUCAGAGGGAUGGAGAGGGCUGUUAGCUCACUCUGCCUCUAAUAAAUGUACAACACCUCCUAGUGUAAAACAGUCCAAGAUGCUUAUGCUGUUUUAUUUUUACACUAUUAGUAGAAUUUGAAAGUCAGCAAUUAUUGUUUUAUGGCCAUCUGGCUUUUACAUAGUAUUUCUAUGUUGGUCAUCUGUUGUUAUUUGUGGUUUAUUAUUGUAACACUGCAACUUGUUUUAUGAUGCUCUCUGCAUGGUGUAGUUACUUUGUGUUUUUCCUCAUUUAUAUCCAGACUGUAUAUAUCAUCAUUUUCACUUGUGUCAAAAACUUUCAAACUUUAAAUCACUGAAUUGGUAUUUCAGUCACUUUUCUAAAGUCUAACACAAUCUGCGCUCGGUGAAUGUUGAGGUCUGGUAAAGGUCUGUAACAGUGAACACAGUAGGUCAGCAGCCUUAAUGAGACAGAAAAGAUGGAACACAUGCUGCCAUGUUUGUAGGAGGUCUCUCUUCCCCUCCCUCCCUCUUUCUCUCUUCCUCUCUUUCUGACUGUAUGUCUCUCCCUCACUGUGCGUGCACGGGUGUGACUGAACAUACAGUGAUUGUUAGUAAGAGCCAGUGAAGCAUCUGUAUUAUAACCGAGACUCGUUUAAAGAUAGUUUUGCUUGGUCCACAUAGAAAUCGAGGCAUUCAAUUCAUACUAGGUCAUCUCACCUGAAGACUCAAGUCAUCUCUGAGUAAGACAUGGACUGUCACAAUGAGGAGUGCAGCCGGCCCCAGGAGGAGGAAGACAUCAUGGACAUCCCCCUGGAUGACCCUGAGGCCAACAGGGCUGCCGCCAAGAUCCAGGCUGGCUUCCGUGGCCACAUGACCCGUAAGAAGAUGAAGCCGGAGGACAAAGCAGAAGGGGAGGAGGUGAGCAGCACUGGGGAUGUGCUCAACAGCAGCCAGGGGGACUCAGAGACAGGAGGAUCGGGGGCAGUAGAGGGAGACGACACAUCUGUGCCAGAGCAGUGACGCCCCUGUCCUGACCUGGAUGGAGAGAAAGAGGGGAAGCAAGGUAGCGAGAGAUGGCUGGCAUUAGCUGGCUGGGCUUUGCUUUCAGGCACACCUUUUUACCCCCAGGAGUCAUUUUCUUUUUCAACGCAAAUUAGCAGUAGAAAAUGAGCCGACAGUUUUGAGGGUGUGUUGUGUGAAUUUUGUGAACUUUAACACUCCGUCUCUGCUUCUCCAGCAGUACGGAUGUCUUUGACCCAGAAUUUGCAACUCACUGCAUGUACUUGUGAAACUUCUGGUAGUGUGCUAGUUUUUAGAUGAUGAUCUGUGAAUGUGAAAAUGAAUGUCCUCUAAAUGCUUAACAGGGCUUAUUUUGGAUGGAUCAGUUCAUACCAUCUGUGUAUAAACCCUGUAUGCAUCAGCACUUGACUUAUAAUUAGUGGCUUCAAUUAAUUGUUAUUUUGCAUUGUUUUCCAAUGUGCUUGUAUCUUGACUAUUAUUUACCUAUUUGACUUGCUUACAAAAAUUAUUAAAACAUCAAAAAUAUCAAAAGAGAAGUAGCUAUGUAUGUUCUAUUUAUUCAGAGUUACUUAAUUCAGAUUGCAAUUGUCUUUGUUAUCUUUUUGAUCACAUUAUAAGUAAGUUCUCUUUUCACCUUUUCAGGCAUUUUCUAUAAAUCUGAUCUUCCACAACAGUAAGCAUGCAGUAAUUACAGUUUUUUUUUCCAGAUGCAUUUGGUACAGCUUUACCUUAUGAGACAUUUGUUCAAUAUGCUCUGUUGUUGUGUUGGUGGAUUUGACUUGUUUGACUUGUUAAAUCAGGUGUGUGAAAUUCCAUUGUCAGAGUUUGCAGAGCCAUCAUGCUAUUAAAAUAAUUGAAUAGUACAUUGCUGAACUUUGCUGUAGAGUCAUGACAUUACACUAAUAAAUCCACCUUAAAUAUACGGUGA